AUGUCAUUCUAUCGAGGAUUUGAAAUGGACCGAAAAGAAGUAGAAAGGAAUGUCAAUACUUUUAAACAAUCAAUGGAAGUGGAUGACAAAAUUAUACUUCGUGCUAAAAUUGCUGUAAUAGAAGAAAUUGGUAAUAAAGAUGAACAAAAGAAAAGACUUGAUCAAUUCCUUUCUAUUAAAAAAUUAGAACCUUUUGCAUGUGAAUUACUUGCAUUAACUGCACAUCGUGCAGAACAAUUAGAUAUUAGAAAUAAAUUCCUUAAAAUGAUACAAAAUCCAAGGAAAAGACUAGGACUAGUUUUACAAAUGCAAGACGAACCAUAUGCUUUAGAACUUAUCAAAGGUGAAAGAGAAAAAGAUGCAAUAUUAGCAUUAUGUAGUCAAUUCUUAUUAUUUGGUAUUAAAAAUGAAAAUAUAAGAAUUACUAUUUCAAAGAUAUUACAAGAAAAUAAAGCAUAA